AUGUGUGAUUUAUUAUGGUCAGAUCCUGAAAUGGUUAAUGGUUGGAGUAUAAGUCCAAGGGGUGCUGGUUAUUUAUUUGGUGAAAAUGAAGUUAAAAAAUUUUUAAAUGAUAAUAAUAUAUCUUUGAUUGCAAGAGCUCAUCAAUUAGUAAUGGAAGGUUAUAAAGAAAUGUUUAAUCAAGGUUUAGUAACCGUUUGGAGUGCUCCCAAUUAUUGUUAUAGAUGUGGUAAUGUUGCUAGUGUUUUAACUAUUGGUGAUGAUUUCUCACGUGAUUAUAAAGUAUUUGAAGCUUCAACACAGGAUGUUGGAUCUAUACCUUCAAAAAAACCAGCUAUUGAUUAUUUCAUCUAA